CGUCCCAUAGAAUUUUUGUGGGACGAAACGAUUGCGUGAAGUGGAGGGCGUCACAAAUAAAAGUACCGAGGAUAGGCAUCCUACUUUUGUGAAGGAGCCAAUAUGUUUAGGAAGGCUGGACAACUCGCAGCCUGUGCUCUGAGGAGCACUGCUGCAGAAAUGAAGGAGGCUGGCUCGCAACAAGUUCGGCGCAUGGGGGGAGGUGGUGCGAACCUGUACCACCGCACAUACAACGGCAAGCCUGUCCCGAUUGAGUUCCAAGGCCCGGACUAUGUCACGUACGCGGGCGCCACCAUCAAGAAGGAGUUCCACGCCUUUGAUACUUACCUGUCGCGCUUUAUUGGUGCUCUCACGACGUUUACUAUCCUGUACCACUUCUCCCUGAACGCUGAGGAGCACUGGCACGGCGAUAUUUACUUUUUCGAGAAGGAUGUCCAAAAGAACGGCUGGGACGAUGAGAAUGGGCACGGACAUGGGCACGGACAUGGUCAUCAUUAAUGGAGAGGAUGUUUGGAAAUUAGAUCGUAUCAUCUGCUAAGGGAGUGGUGUAAUGUACGCACGGAAAAAGCAUGGCCGGUUAAUUCGUCUUUGCUGGCAUGGCAGAGAGAGCGGGUAAUGUGAUGAUGCGAAUAACGAAGCAGAAUUUAUGUCCGAAAAUUAUGGUGUUGAUGAUUUAUAGAUAUUUCAGUUACAUGUAAAGGGGGGUAAACAUUGUAAAAAAAUUAUUUUCUGGUGGC